CCCGUCGUCAUUCCAGAUUCACAGCAAAACCCAGAUCAAUUCCGUACUUCUGUUCCACGCGGACAACACAAACACUUGCCUUGUCCGUUCAUCUCAUUUCGCGCCUAUUGGCUGUCGCCCAACAGGAGGAGUCGUUUGUGAUUGGUCACACCAUGAGCUCUCGCAUGGCCGGGGCAGCGCUUCUGCGCCACCUGGGCCCGCGCCUCUUCACGGCCGAGCCUGUGUCCGGGCUCACCGCGAGGGGCAUCGUGCCCGCGUCCGCAAGGAUUCUUCCCGCGCGGAUGGCUAGCACGGCCGCGAAACAAGACGACACGGCAGAACAGCAGGGGAGCGCAGGCGGCACCGAGAAGCCGGAGGAGGCAGCCGGCGGUCAGAGCAAGAAGGCCAUCGUCAGCUACUGGGGCAUCGAGCCGAGGAAGCUCGUCAAGGAGGACGGCACGGAGUGGAGGUGGCCCUGCUUUAAGCCAUGGGACACGUACACGUCGGACACGUCGAUCGACGUGAAGAAGCACCACGAGCCGACGGCGCUGCCCGACAAGGCGGCGUACUGGAUCGUCAAGUCGCUGCGCGUGCCCAUGGACCUCUUCUUCCAGCGGCGGCACGCGAGCCACGCGCUGCUGCUGGAGACGGUGGCGGCCGUGCCGGGCAUGGUGGGCGGCAUGCUCCUUCACCUGCGCUCGCUGCGCCGCUUCGAGCAGAGCGGCGGCUGGAUCCGCGCGCUGCUCGAGGAGGCCGAGAACGAGCGCAUGCACCUCAUGACGUUCCUCGAGGUGACGCAGCCGCUGUGGUGGGAGCGAGCGCUCGUGCUCACCGCGCAGGGCGUCUUCUUCAACGCUUACUUCGUCGGAUACCUCCUUUCUCCCAAGUUCGCGCACCGCGUCGUCGGCUACCUCGAGGAGGAGGCAGUGCACUCGUACACGGAGUACCUCAAGGACCUCGAGGCCGGCAUCAUCGAGAACGCGCCGGCGCCGGCCAUCGCCAUCGACUACUGGCGCCUCCCCGCCGACGCCAAGCUCAAGGAUGUCGUCACCGUAGUGCGCGCCGACGAGGCGCACCACCGCGACGUCAACCACUUCGCAUCGGACAUCCAUUACCUCGGGAUGAAGCUGAAAGACACGCCUGCGCCGCUCGGGUAUCACUAAUCAGUCAACGUGGCCUACUCAGUUCAGCAACGUUACCUAUUAUUACCUUGCAUGGGAUCAAUUGGUCUGCAUUAUUUGUGUGUAAAUGACCAAUAAUUGUAACUUUUUUUGCAUGGACCAAUAAUUGUAACUUGUAAGGUAAUGAAUUGGUUUUGUUUGUCCCUGUACAUGUUGAUGUAAGACAUUUGUAAGAAAGAAUUUUGGAGUACGAGUGAAACAUGCCGUGCACUGUAGCACUCUGCUUAUCAAUUGCAGGAAUAAAUAUUUGUGGAUGAACGGAAAA